AAAGGUUUUUUUUUUUUUUUUUUUUUUGCCCUUUUUGCUCCCUCACCAAGAGAGAAACGAAAAGAUGAUCCUUUGUCAGUUACCGAGCCCUCAUCCAUGGCUAUUGCCGCCAAGAAUUUCCAGGCUGACCCAUACCUCUUGGUCUUCUUCUUCUUCUUCUUCUUCUUCUUCAACCAGAACACAGGGCAUAAGAGGCUCAAACAAUAUGAUACUUUUCCAAAAAUCAUUGCUAUGCGGCUUUUGGUGGAACAAUUCUUCAUCUAACAAUGCACAUAACUUUAUACACCGUGGAGGAAAAUGGAAGGCUACUAGUCAAAGAGCAAUGGAUAAGAUGAAGUGUGUUUCAGAUAUGCAAAAUAGCUUUCAGGUGCAGGAUCACCAAAGUAAACUGAUAACUGGAACUAUGUCAUCAUAUUUCUUACUGAGACUGGUGCAAUUAGAUUUUGUCAACACAUUAAUAAAGAUGGUCCAAAACUUAUUUCCACAGCCACAUCAGACUUUGGUGGCUACAAGCUUACCUCUUGCCUGCAUAUCUAAUUCCUUGAAUAAACCAAUGCCUCUUAACUUGGAUGUGUCCUUGCCGUCGGUUCAGGAUAUUAGAUGGAACUUUUCACGGUUACUGUAUUUAUUCAACAUUCAAAUGGAGAAAAAUAUUGCCACGUUUCUUGUGGUUCUUCUUGUAGCAUGCUUCUCAUUUGUUGUUAUCGGUGGUUUCCUGUUCUUCAAGUUUAGGGGAACUACACAGUCUCUAGAGGACUGCAUCUGGGAGGCGUGGGCAUGCCUGUGUUCAUCAUCUACCCAUUUAAAACAAAGAACACGUAUUGAACGUGUUAUUGGCUUCAUUCUUGCUAUAUGGGGCAUAUUAUUUUAUUCUCGGCUGUUAAGUACAAUGACAGAACAGUUCAGAAACAACAUGCAAAAACUCAGGGAAGGUGCUCAAAUGCAAGUUUUGGAGACUGAUCAUAUCAUCAUUUGUGGUGUAAAUAGUCGUCUGGCUUUCAUACUAAAGCAGCUAAAUAAAUAUCAUGAAUUUGCUGUGCGUUUAGGGACUGCUACAGCCAGGAGGCAAAGAAUUCUUCUUAUGUCUGAUCUUCCAAGGAAGCAAAUGGAUAAGCUAGCUGACAACAUUGCCAAGGAUCUAAACCAUAUUGAUAUCCUAACAAAGAGUUGUAGCCUUAGUUUGACAAAGUCAUUUGAGAGAGCGGCAGCGAAUAAGGCUCGUGCCAUUAUCAUAUUGCCCACAAAAGGAGACCAGUAUGAAGUUGAUACUGAUGCAUUUCUCUCUGUGCUAGCACUUCAACUUAUUCCUGAGAUGGAAUCUGUCCCCACUAUUGUUGAGGUUUCAAAUUCCAGUACAUGUGAGCUCUUAAAGUCAAUCUCUGGACUGAAAGUAGAACCAGUAGAAAAUGUUGCUUCUAAAUUAUUUGUUCAAUGUUCUCGUCAAAAGGGGCUUGUAAAGAUCUACAGGCACUUGCUUAAUUAUCGAAAAAAUGUAUUCAAUCUUUGCCAUUUUCCUAGUCUAACAGGAUUGACAUAUAGACAAAUACGACAAGGGUUUCAAGAGGCAGUCGUUUGUGGUCUUUAUCGGAGUCGUAAGAUAUGCUUCCAUCCCAAGGAUGAUGAAAUUCUUCAGCAAACUGACAAAGUAUUGCUAAUUGCACCUAUUCACAGGACAGGGAAACAACAAUUUCCGUUGUCAGAUGUUGUAAAAGAUGAAACCAACACACUCCAAAGUCUGGAAUUUUUCAAAAAAAAUGCUGAUACUCCAACUCGUGCUUUAGAAUUGAGAAAAGAACAGCUUUUAAAUAUUGUAAAACAUCCCAAAAGACUGGGAUCAAAGGCAGCGGACCAGACUCUAGGACCCAAAGAAUUCAUACUUUUGCUUGGGUGGCGCCCAGAUGUUGUACAAAUGAUUGAAGAGUAUGAUAAUUAUCUUGGCCCUGGAAGUGUGUUGGAAAUACUAUCAGAUGUCCCAUUAGAGGAAAGGAAGAGGGCAAGCUCCAUGUCUGGUCGAGGAAAACUAAAAAAUGUCCAGGUUACCCAUAAGGUUGGAAAAUCCAUGAACUAUGAUACCUUAGAGGAAACUAUAAUGAACAUACAAAAUUCUUUCAAGAAAGGCAAUCAUAUUCCUCUUUCUAUUGUUGUGGUUUCCGAUAGAGAAUGGCUUCUUGGAGAUCCAUCAAGGGCAGACAGGCAAUCUGCAUAUACUCUUCUUCUUGCUGAAAGUAUCUGCAACAAACUUGGAGUGACAGUGCAAAAUCUAGUUGCAGAGAUUGGUGACUCAAAAUUAGGCAAACAAAUUACAAGAAUCAAGCCAUCCCUGACUUAUAUUGCAGCAGAGGAAGUGAUGAGUCUUGUAACAGCUCAAGUGGCUGAACACAAUGAACUGAAUGAGGUGUGGAAAGACAUUUUGAAUGCUGAGGGUGAUGAAAUAUAUGUGAAGGAUAUUGGCCUCUACAUGAAAGAAGGGGAGAGUCCUUCAUUCUCAGAGCUUUCUGAAAGGGCAUGUUUGCGACGAGAAGUUGCCAUAGGUUAUAUAAAAGAUAACAAGAAGGUUAUUAACCCAAUUCCCAAGUCAGAACCUCUCUCCCUACAAAUGACAGAUUCACUAAUUGUCAUAUCCGAGCUUGAAGGCGAGCAACCUGUUGUUGUCUAAAAUGCAAAUAACUCCAGGCAUUCUUGUUCCUCUUUGCAUUUUUUUUUUCAAUAAUAUCCCAUGGUUCCAAGGUCGUCGGCUUCAUAUACACUCUGCAUAGUUGAGUUUGAAACUAUAAUCUUUAGUUGUCAUGGUAAGGAGUCCUGUGAAACCAUCAUAGGAAUAGGGGAUAGAAAGAUAUUCUAAUUUUUGGACAUUGACCCUCUUGAAGUCUAGAUUUGUUGUCUGUCAUAGGAACAUGUUGUAUCCAAUGUUGUAAAUUUGUAAGAAAGUCCUUUGUGUAUCUGACAACAGAGCAGUUGCUAUUUCUUCAUAAAAAAUAAUAAAAAAAAAUUAGUUGGAGUAUGCACAAAUUAGAAGGAAAACCAAUA